AUGUCCCUUGCACAAACUUACUCGCUGGCGGCUAAGGCCAAGUCGAAACUGACUAAAGAGGCUGUCAAUCCCAACGCCGAUUUGAGGUACCUCGUUUGCCAGGCCAAUUUGCUAGAUAACUUAAUGGAUUCUAUAACACAUCGCAGGCCCGUUUCGAUAUUAGAGCCGGAGCCCGUGGCAGCGCGCAAGGAGAGCGACCUGCAUGUGCGGUUUGACAAUACCACCAAGGUGACGACAACUGAGAUCAGUGGCGAUCUUGAUGAUUUGGAUGAUGACGAUUAUUACUACGACUCGGAGGACUCGUAUGUUUCUGACGACGAUGACAACUAUGGAGAAUUCGACUCGGACGACUCUGAUUCCGAUUCCGAUUCUGACUCUGAAGAGAGUUUGGUUUUCAGUGCCAGAUUGGGUAGCGUUGAGUUCACAUCGAGGCCGUUGACGGCCCUGGAGUCUGAGCAACUGCCACAAUUGUCGCACUCAUCGUCCGAAAGUGACAGCGAAGAUGAACAUGAGCGCAAUAUCAGCUCCGAGAAAGAGUACCGUUUCGAGCCCUCUGUCACGUCUUCCAAAGACACCCUCAUGCCCAAUUUUCACGAGCUGGUUGUGUUUUAG